CCGGACAAGGAAAUGAGUGCAAAUUUACUUUUUUUUUUUUUUUUUCUUCUCCUGCCCUCAGCAGCUACUUCCUUCUAUGAGUAAUAAGAGUUGCUCACAAUGACAGCUGCAUUGCUCAGAGCACUGAAGCACAGCAAACCAUAGAGACGCUCCAAAUCAACUCUGUGAUCUGGCUUAUGUCCUCAUAUAAAUCCAAAUGAAAGCACGUUGAAUGACUUAAGAGAAGAAUCUCAAGAAUGUCGAUGUUCUCUGCACACCUGUAUCAGUUCCAUCUUUUCACGAGCCGAUCGCCAUGGAGAUGCAGAUCAAGUAUGCAUAGAAGGGUUCCAGCAGUCCAGGAAGUUUUCAACACCUCCUUGAGCCGUGCCAUGGAUCAUCGAAAGCAGCACGCCAAAGUGGAGCGUUUUCUCAAACUGGGUUACUCCCAUGAGGACAUUGACAGGGUGCUGAAGAGUCUCCAUCAUGACGCCCAGACGAACGACAUUCUAGAAGAGCUAAUCAAGACUUGCCACAUUCGCAGUGACAAAAGCAUCCCAAGCAGCCCCAAACUGGUGUCAAGAGGUUGCAACCCCUCACCCACCAAACCACCACCAGACAAAGAAAGCGCUUUUGCCUUCAGACCAGUAGUUGUUGAUGGAAGCAAUGUUGCCAUGAGCCAUGGAGACAAGAAGGUGUUCUCAUGUCAGGGCCUCCAGAUGGCAGUGAACUGGUUUUGGGAAAAGGGACUGCGGGACAUCACUGUGUUCAUUCCCAUGUGGAGGAAGGAGCAGCCACGGCCCGAGGCCCCUAUUACAGAUCAACACAUCCUCCACGAGCUAGAGAGGAGGAAGAUCUUAGUGUACACGCCAUCCCGUAGCGUUAACGGCAAGAGGGUGGUGUGCUAUGAUGACCGCUACAUUGUGAGGCUGGCUUACGACAUAGACGGCAUCAUCGUGUCCAACGAUAACUACCGUGACCUUCAAAUGGAGAAUCCACAAUGGAAAAAAUUCAUUGAGGAGAGGCUGCUGAUGUACACUUUUGCUAAUGACAAGUUUAUGCCUCCAGAUGAUCCUUUGGGUAGAAGCGGACCUACCAUUGAUGAUUUUCUACGAAAGAAGCCCAAAAAUGUAGACAACAAACUGCAACACUGCCCUUAUGGGAAAAAGUGUACAUACGGUGUGAAGUGCAAGUUCUACCAUCCAGAGAGGACCAACCAAUCACAGCUCUCUGUAGCUGAUGAGCUCAGAGACCGAGCGAAGACAUCAAGCUACAAGCCAACCUCGCAAGACACACUUACUCACACAUACAAACCCUCCACUAACACCGACGAGCUUCUGAACAUUGACCGCUAUCACAAAGACGGCAGCAGCCCACGGGGUCCACCAAACCUUCCGGCCUGGUCGAGCGUAGAAGCGGAUGAGGCUUUUGGCUCAUUGGACAGCUGGAUGUCUAAACUCUACAUCAUGGAUGGUCCCCCCAACAUGAGCAGACCCCCGUACAGCAACAGCAGCGGGAUGGGCAGCUGCAGCCUGAGCCACGACGACUAUUCCCUCUCGGGGUCGCACAGUGGCACCAACCGACAGUUUGCAGGAUCUUUCUAUGUUCCUCAUAAUAACUGCGAGAUGUCUGCAUGUGCCCAUUGUGGUCACUAUCAGGCAGAGGUGCCCCCAAGCGCCUACCCCCCACUGUGGGCAUCAUGUCCGGCUGUGCCCUUACAUCAGCAGGAGGGGGCCUUAGGUUUUUCGGAGAAUCACUACUUCAGGCAACUCGGGCACAGGCAGAGCCAAAGUCUACCCAAGGACGCGUGGGUCCUUGGUAGCCAAUCCAGCGAGGUGCGCAACGAGAUGAGGAAUAAACUGAGCACGCUCUAUCCCAAGGAAGCAGUUGACGGAGUCAUGAACGCCUACCCGCAUGUGUCAGAGGUGUCCGAACUGAUCUCCCUGAUCCAGAGCUACAGGAGUAGUCAUAUUGCCCUCUGAUUUCAGAAACAAAUUUUUGUUUUGAGAAAAAAAAAAAAAAAAACAUCUCACAUUUGUUUGAAAUUCAAAUCAGUUUUCCCAUAGGAAACAAUGGAAAUGUACUCAACCCAUUUCAGGGUCAGACUGUCGCUUUAACAAAACCUUUAUUAAUGAACAGGUAAUGUUGGUAAAGAAGUGGAUUUUUUAUUAUCAUGUAAAAAGUAACUUAUCGUUUAAAACAAACUGGGAAUGCCAUUUGAGCCUUUGAUAUUUUCGAUAUCCAUGUAUUAGUAUGCUUAGUACUGGAGUAAUUGGGUCCGCAGUAAUUAUCAUGAAUAAAAAACAAUAAAAUGACUUAAACCAAAAUUGAUAGAAAGAACAUAAAAACGAAAUUCACUGGCAGCCCAGUUGAAAUCAAUGUUUUACAUCUAUAGCCGUCAAUGGCAGUGAAUGGGCUACAGCUUACAUUUAUAAAAUUAACUCAAACUAGCUGCAGUCAUAGCAAAAUUGACCUCUUUGUCAAUAUCAUGCAUAAGCUUUUGGGGUUUAUUUUAUCUAUGUAUUUAUUUAUUUAAUCUACGUACUGAUGUAUGUAGAUUUCGAAUUAUAGUUUACAAUAUACUUAAUAACCCAAUUUGGGUUAGGGAAGUUGGCUCAAUUUGACCGUGGAAGUUAAAGCAACAAUUUGUUGGGUUGCUUUUUUGCAAAACAAAUUGGGUCAAAUUGAACAGACUCCCUGCGUCGGUUACAUUUUUAACCCAGCAGUUGAUAUAUAAUAAUUAAAAAAAGAAACCCAAAAAAAACUAAUCAUAAAACUAAUAAAACUUGAAGCAUUUUUUGAACAAUUAUGAUGUGCAAGGAGACAAUUAAAAUAAGUAGUUCAAAAUAAAUAAAUAAGAUAAAUGAUAAUAAAAAAGUAGUUGAAUAGGUUAAAAUAGUAUGCCAAUCAUUAUAUCAAUUUGCUCAAUUGUCUUACUAGUGAAGACCCAAGAGUGUACUGGUACAUGGAUCUCAAUCUGUAUAAUGAAUAAAUGCUCAAAUGUUCUCUUGCAUUGCUCACAUAUGCUCUUAUUUUUUGGUAUCAUUCAGAAAAAAAUAAUAAUCAUAUUUCUUUGCUUUUUAAAAAGUGUAAAUGUGCAAUGCACUGUGUCCAGGACACGCUACUUACUGUAGCACAGCCAUUUUAAAUUGAAGCAGCAAGUGUUGUUUUCUCAUGUUGCCUCAAAGUGAGGAAGGCUAUCGUGUAUAUUACUGUAUCGGUAUCAUGUUGUUUAAAAUAAAUACAAGCAUUUAAAUCA